AUGCACAAACAAGUACGAGCACUGCCAAGCUAUGCGGUCAUGAUUGAUCGCUGGGCCUCUGAUUUGGCGGCUCUUACAUCUUACAAAGAAACGCUGGCCACUGAGACGUGGGUCGGCAUUAGCCCUCCCGAGCAAUUCGUCGCACCGUCUCAUCAACCACCACCUCUUCAUCUGCAACAAAAGAUUAUCAAGCACAAUGGCUCAUCAUGGCUGGAGGAUGAGCGGUCUCUUUCGACCUCGUUUUCAAGCUCAAUUACACUCGAUGCUGAGUGGACACUACUCCCUCCUCAAAAGACUCGACAGCCCAUCUAUUGUUAUCAUGACACGGACAAGCAGGCGACGGUGGAUGAGAGGGAUGCUGAAAACGAGCUGCUCUUGACAUGGCGCCGUGCCUGGUGGGCAAAAGGAUUCCGGCCGGUUGUGCUAAGUGCUGCCGAUGCUAUGAACAAUUCCUUCUAUGACCAAGUACAACGGAUGCCAUUAACCUCGGAGCUGAGGGGAGAUGUCAUGCGAUGGCUCGCCUGGGAUGCUAUGGGUGGAGGUAUACUAUCAGAAUUCGCAGUGUUCCCAAUCGUUUCUCAGCAAGAUCAACUGCUACCAUUUUUGAGCACCGGAGUAUUCCCAAGCUUGAUGAGAUGGAAAGACCUCGACAAUUCAUUCAUCGUUGGCCAAAAAGCUGAUGUGCAUUCAGCAUUGCAGUCUGUUUUACAAAUGGAGCACAUACAAGAAACUACGAGUGCCACGACGGCUCUUUUAGACACUGCAGUAGCAGUAAAUAAUACAAGCACGCCGCUUGCUUAUUAUAGCCCCAACAUUAUCGAAACCAAAUAUGCCAAGGUCAUCAAAAAGGAUGAUAGGGCUGAUACUCUCCACAAUCUCAACAAACUUAUCAACUACCAUCUUCUAGUCAUUUGGCAGAAUAGCUUCCCUGAGGGUAUCGAAGUCAUGAAGCCCCAUCCAGAGCACGCCACAGCCAUGCUAGCCGGUGCUUCAAAGCUGGCCGAGUCUCUGGCGUCCUGCCCUGAAAGCCCUAUGCUAUCGUCUUGUCCUCCGAAUUUACCCAAAUGCUAUCCAUGCGUGGCAUCCCCCAUGGCCGUCACUACGCUUCCCCGCCUCCGCUUCCGCAACUCGCCUGACGUUUUUACAAUCGGGGCAGUUCCGCAUCCAUGGUCUUUUGCAUUGGUGAACAAUCUUCGGGAGUCCAUCAAUGUCACUUGGAUUCUUGAAUCGCCUCGAGAUACGUGGCUCAGCGCCGUUACCCAAGCUUAUCUCGGCUCCGGCGUAACGUCAAGUCGCAGAGUGGUACGAUUUAAAGAGCUGGUAGCUGGUGAGGCAGACUCUGCGCAUUUUCUGUGGCUUCUUGCAGAUGAUGAAAUACCCAGUGAUCUGGACUGGCACUUUGGAUUUACCAUUCCCGACAAGGGCAUGGAUGACGGAAAGUCUCGAAGCCCGGUGCCGGCUAUACGCUUGCUCAAAGACGAAGAAGAACCAGACAGGGCCAAAGCAGUCGCUCAUGAACAGGCUCUUCUCUAUCGCGCCAAGCAAGUCGUCAUGAUGAGCAAGUCAUUCAUCAAUGGGACUGAGACGCGCACUUCACUUGAAGCCUGGAAUAUGGCCGAUACAGAGGCAUGGCGGUUCACACGAGCUUUCAACGUACGCCGCUUUUUGGAACGCGAAGAAUGGGAAAAGACAUAUCACCGGAAGUGAGGUAUGAAUCAGACAUUGUUGAAAAAUUUGUAUUAUAUAGUUUUUUGCCUUUCUCUCUCUCUCUCUCUUUUUUUUUUCCUCUGCCCUUCCAUAGAUAGAUUUUAGAUAACAUUUCCUCCUUCAGUGAGCAAUCCAAGUAAAUUUUUUUCUCCUCCAAUUUUCUGAAAAUGUCCUGGCAAAUAAUAUGAAUGAUGAAAAUAAAAUCAGUUGGUAGCCUUUUGGAUGUUGAAUCCUUAUGAGCUACCAGACCUCCAUUUCAAUGACGCAACCAGUCUUGAACGUAGAGGCCACUACCAUUAAACCCUGACGGUAGUAUCGCCGCCCAUCUCGCCGCUCAUCUCCCGUGAAGUUACUCCGCGUCGCAAUAAUCC